CUGGCCUCCCGCAUCAUAACUGAGACCGGGCCUCAGCUGCUCACCGCAGAAGAGAGUAAUAAUAAUAACCCUCAGUUUACACCAACACGGAGGUUUGAGGUGAUCCACACGAUCCACAGCAACUUCAUCGGCUGGGAUCUGGAGAUGUACUGGCCGCAGGCGGACAGGCCGGCCGAGGCCAGGAACACCUCUCUGAACGAGGAGCUGGGCCAAGUGGGAUACCUGCUGAGCGACAAAACGGGGACUCUGACCCAGAACCGCCUGCUGUUCAGACAGUGCUGCGUAGCGGGGGAGAUAUUCGGGGAUGCGUCUGCCAGGGCAGAAGAUGUGGAGAUCAUGGAUUUGAGCUGGAAUCCCUUCUCCCGCGGAGGCCUUUACAUGUCAGCCCCCGGGCUUGUGGAGAGGCUCAGAGGCCAGCGGUGUCCGCACAGCAGGCAGUUUCUCAGAGCGCUGGCUUUGUGUCACACUGUGAUGGCAGAGUGGAAGGAAGAGAUUCCCGUUUACCAGGCAGCCUCCCCGGAUGAGGAGGCUCUAGUUGGAGCAGCCCGGGAGCUGGGCUGGGUCUUUCUCUCCAGGACGAGGGACUCGGUGGUGGUCUCUGAGCUGGGCGCCGUCCGUCAGUACGAGCUGCUGGCCCUGCUGGACUUCACCAGCAGCCGCAGGCGGAUGUCUGUCCUGGUGCGUGAGCCUGACGGGGCGCUGAAGCUUUAUUGUAAGGGGGCCGAUGUGGUGAUUCUGGACAGGCUUCAGAAGGACUGCUCAUAUCAGGAAAGCACGGAAAAGGCCCUGGAGCUCUUUGCUGAGGCCAGCCUGCGGACCCUCUGCGUGGCGGUUCGAUCCGUUCCCGAGGCUUCCUGGGAGCGGUGGAGGAAAACUCUGGCCCUGUCUGCUGCCAUGGCGACCCGCGAGCGCGACGCGCAGCUGGAGAAGCUGCACGACGAGAUGGAGAGAGACCUGCAGCUUCUAGGGGUGACAGCGAUAGAGGACCGGCUUCAGGAGGGAGUUCCUGAGACUAUUGCUCUUCUUCAAGAGGCCGGGAUCAAAGUAUGGGUGCUGACUGGUGACAAAAAAGAGACGGCUGUGAAUAUCGGAUACUCCUGCAAACUACUGGAUCCUAACGCCAGACUCUUGGAAUGGCAGGAACUGAGACAGAUCCUCCAGUCGCCCGACCCGGAGGUCAACUUCCUCAAGAUCAGGCAGGCCGAACUGUGGGCAGCACACAAAGAGACGGUCAGAGAGAAGACUUCUGUGGUCCUCACCGGAGACGAGCUGGCAGAGUUUGAGCGGCGGCCGGAGUGGGGCGCCUCCUUCAUGCGCCUGGCCCGGCGCUGUGAGUCGGUGCUGUGCUGCCGCGUGACGCCGGCGCAGAAGGCCGACGUCGUCAAGCUGGUCAGGAAGCACACCGGCUCGGUCACCAUGGCGAUCGGCGACGGGGCCAACGACGUCAACAUGAUCAAGACGGCCCACGUGGGGGUGGGGCUGGCCGGGGUGGAGGGGGGCCAGGCCUCUCUGUAUGAGACCUGGUUCAUUGCCCUCUACACCGUCUUAUACUCCGCCUCCCCCGUUAUGUGCAUGGCCGUUUUGGAGCAGGACGUGAGUGCGGAAGGCAGCCUGAGAACACCUGAGCUCUACAGGUGUGGACAGACUCAGGAGCUGUCCAGCCCCGUGAAGCUGGCUCUGUAUCUGCUCUACGCCGUCUACACCUCCCUCGUUCUCUUCUUCAUCCCGUUUGGGGUUUUCAACAACACGGCCUUUGACUACCAGACCAUGGCAGUCACCGUCGCCAUGGCAGCCACCCUGGCAGCAACAAUCGAGAUUGUGCUGAUUACCAGAUACUGGACGAAGGUCAGUGUGGCGGCCGUGUGCCUCUCGGUGGUGAUGUUCUUCAUCUGCACCAGGAUCACCCACAGCGCCCCCCUGUUCCGGAGGUCGCCCAGCGACUACCUGUUUCUGGGUGUGUCCGAUAAGGCCUUCACCGAUCCCGUCGUGUGGCUCACGGCGUUCCUCACCGGCUGGACGGCCGUUCUGCCCUCGUUCACCGUCCUCGCCCUCAAUGUCAUUCUCACCGUCCACCACAAACACAAGGUCCACAUCACAUCCCCUCAACCAGUGGAGCUGAGGUCAAACUUUGGCAGAGGGACGUCUCUCCGCAGGUCCUCCUACGCCAUCUCUCAGGGGGCGGGGCCUGGGCGCGUCAUCACCUCCGCCUCCAGCAGCCACAGGCAGCGUUUGAUGGAGGAGAAGGAGACCCAGAAACCCAAAAAAGGCCCAGACUCACCGGGCCGGCCCACUAACGAAUAAAGAUGAAGUCAUUCCGCAUCUGUUGCUUAUUCUUCUGUUUUUUACUUGAAAAUAUUUGAUCAUAUUGAUUGUUUCUGCAGGAUAGAACUGAGAAAAUGAGAUUUUCUGUAUUUUAAACUUCAUUUUCUACUCCUUGUGAGGCCGCAAGGCCACUUUGCAGCUGUUUGUCUAAUUAAAUUAAUUCUGGGAAAAAAUCAGAUUAUGUACCAUAAAUCCUGCUGCCUGCCUUUGUACUGAUGAUUGUUUAUUUAAUAUCUUUGAUCCUUUUUUGUGUAGAAUUGUAAUUCCUCCUUAUUGAGGUCACUCUGGACUUCUUUUG